UUUCAUUAUUAUAAUAUAUUAUAUUUGUCUCUUUCUAUUCAUUUAUUUAGUUUAUCCAUGUGAGCCAGCAGCAAAAGAAAAAGAUUGCAGAUUUCUUCUUCAGCUCAAAAAAUGGAGCUUUUGAUGAUUAAUUAAUCAUUUUCAUUUUAUUUGAGCUUGUGAGUUCUUGAAUUCUGCUGGGAGAAAUGGAGGGCCGUGCAGCGGCGAGGCGGGCUUCGUUGCUCUUGAUUCUGUGUGUGUUUGCUGGUGUGGGAGUGGCUGCCCAGAAUGGGAAUUCUAGUGUGGUGAAUGUUGGGGCUUUGUUCACUUUCAAUUCUUAUAUUGGGAGGUCUUUGGGGCCAGCAAUUUCUGCUGCAGUUGAAGAUGUGAAUUCUGACACCACCAUUUUGAAGGACAAGAAAAUCAAUCCUAUUUUUCAGGAUACUAAUUGCAGUGGAUUUGUUGGCACAAUUGAAGCCAUGCAGAUUAUGUCGAAGCAAGUUGUUGCAGCGCUCGGUCCGCAGUCGUCAGGGAUAGCGCAUGUGAUCUCCCACGUUACGAACGAGCUUCACAUCCCGCUCAUCUCAUUUGCCACGGACCCCACCCUCUCGGCCCUGCAGUAUCCCUACUUCCUUCGGGGCGUGACUAAUGAUCACUACCAGAUGUACGCGAUUGCUGAUCUGGUGGAGUACUUCGAGUGGCGAGAAGUGAUUGCCAUCUUCGUGGACGAUGACAAUGGCAGGAACGGCAUUUCUGUACUGGGCGACGCCCUGUCAAAGAAGCGUGCCAGGAUCUCUUACAAGGCCGCCUUCACCCCGGGUGCUCCCAGGAGCGACAUUGACAACUUGCUGGUCGAGGUGAACCUGAUGGAGUCGCGUGUUUAUGUCGUGCACGUGAAUCCUGACUCCGGCCUCGAUAUAUUCUCAGUUGCAAACAGGCUCGGGAUGAUGAGCAAGAGCUAUGUUUGGAUUGCUACUGAUUGGCUUCCUUGUGUUCUGGAUUCCACGGAAAUGAUGGAUCCUCAAACCGCGGAUCUUCUGCAGGGCGUUCUCAUGCUUCGCCACCACACGCCGGAUUCUGAUCUCAAGACGAGGUUCAGCUCUCGAUGGGGGAAGAUCAAGAACAAAGAGUACCCGAAGUUCAAUUCGUAUGCUCUGUAUGCUUACGAUUCCGUGUGGAUGGUAGCCCGGGCGCUUGAUGCUUUCUUUCGUGCCGGUGAGAAUAUCAGCUUCUCGGAGGAUCCGAAGCUGCGCGACGCCAAAGGAAGCGCCCUCCAUUUGACGUCCCUCCAGAUCUUCGACCAAGGCCCGAAGCUGCUGCAGCUCCUCACUUCGUCUAACUUCACCGGUGUGAGCGGACAGGUUCAGUUCGACUCGGGCAAGAACUUGGUCCGCCCUGCAUACGAUAUUCUCAACAUCGGUGGGACUGGAAUCCGGAGGAUUGGUUACUGGUCGAACCACUCAGGUCUGUCCGUCGUUCCUCCGGAGAAACUGUAUGCAGACCGAGCAAACAAGAGCGACCAGCGUCUCUAUAGUGUCCUAUGGCCGGGAGAAACUACGGUGAAGCCUCGAGGAUGGGUGUUUCCGAACAACGGGAAGCCCUUGCAGAUUGCUGUGCCUUACAGGAUCACGUAUCCGGAUGUUGUGACGAAAGAUAAAGGGCCGUUGGGGGCCAGAGGCUACUGCAUCGACGUGUUUGAAGCUGCUGUCGACUUGCUUCCUUAUGCCGUCCCUCACCAAUAUAUCAUGUACGGAGAUGGUAAACGGAACCCUUCGUUUGGCAAUCUUGUGAACGACGUAGCACAGAAUAAAUACGAUGCAGCAGUCGGGGACGUGACUAUCACGACAAACAGGACGAGGAUGGUGGACUUCACGCAGCCUUUCAUGGAAUCCGGCCUUGUCGUGCUCGCCCCUGUCAAGCAGGUCAAAUCCAAGCCGUGGUCGUUCCUCAUGCCGUUCACUUGGCAAAUGUGGGGUGUCACCGGCAUCUUCUUCCUCUUUGUCGGAACUGUCGUUUGGAUUCUCGAGCAUCGGAUAAAUACUGAGUUCCGCGGCCCUCCAAGGCAACAAAUCAUGACAGUUUUCUGGUUUAGCUUCUCAACGAUGUUUUUCGCACAUAGAGAGAACACGGUGAGCACGCUGGGGCGUCUCGUCUUGAUCUUGUGGCUCUUUGUGGUGUUGAUCAUCAACUCAAGCUACACAGCUAGCUUGACAUCCAUCCUCACCGUGCAACAGCUCUCUUCGAGAGUUCAAGGAAUCGACUCGUUGAUCUCGAGCUCCGACCCUAUCGGUAUCCAAGACGGGUCGUUUGCGUAUAACUACCUCGUCAACGAGCUAAACAUAGCCGAAUCAAGGAUCCGGGUGAUGAAGAGCCAAGAUGACUACAUUCAUUACCUUCAGAAGGGCCCGAACCAGGGCGGCGUCGCUGCCAUUGUCGACGAGCUUCCUUACGUCGAGCUCUUCCUCGCCAGCACAAAGUGCCAAUUCAGCAUUGUCGGGAGGGAGUUCACCAAGAGCGGAUGGGGAUUUGCGUUCCAACGGGACUCGCCACUCGCGAUCGACCUCUCGACUGCUAUCCUGCAGCUCUCCGAGAACGGGGAGCUGCAAAGGAUCCACGACAAAUGGCUGUCGAAGGACUCAUGCUCCGUCCAAACGAACCCCAUCGACGACAGCCGCCUCUCGCUCAAGAGCUUCUGGGGCCUCUUCCUCAUCUGCGGCAUCGCUUGCUUCCUCGCGUUGCUCAUCUUCUUCUGCAGGGUUUGCUGGCAGUUUAGCCGAUACAGCACCCAGGUGGUGCAGCAGAACAUCGAGGUGGCUGAGCCCGCGCGUCCGAGCAGGCGCAUCCUCCCCACGACGAGCUUCAAGAACCUCAUAGAUUUCGUUGACAAGAAAGAGACUGAGAUCAAGGAGUUGUUUAGGAAGAAUAGUGGGGAUUCUAGUAAGAGGCAUCCGAGCCAAGUAUGUGAUGGACAGAGCAGUUAAGGGGUGGGGUGGGGUGGCUGUCGACGUUCGAAUCCUCUAUUUUCUAUCGUGUUUUCGUCUCGUGUUUCAUUCUGACGUGCGCGUGCAUUUUGAGCGUGAAAUAAAAUACGAGAUUGAAACAUGUUUGGCGAUGGAGAAUCUCGUGUGCGAUACCGUUUGUACAACAUAAUAGGAAAUUAUUUGAGAGAAGGAAAAGAAGAAAUGUAAUUUAGAAGAGGUGUAUAUUAUUGUAAUUAUAGUAGUAUUCUCCACUUUUGUAUUUUGAGUGAUCGAGUUAAAUCCCAAGUUCCUUUUUCUCAA